AGAAGUGAUCGUAAUCGCAAAUAUAAUUAUUAUAGAAACAGAUUUAGGUGUCAUCGUGUGCAACUGGACAACAAUGAGGAAUGGAAAACCGUAUCGAUGCUGUGAGUGCUUCUGGGUUGCUUUUUAUUUGACACUGCUGCUGGUUUUCGGAGAGCAGGCUUUGGCUGAUUUGAGAUACUCUGUUCCGGAGGAGGUCAAAGAAGGAACUACUGUUGGAAAUGUGGCCAAGGAUCUUGGUAUUGACAAAACCUCUUUGACUGAUCGUCGGUUCCGUGUUGUUUCUGGAUUUAAGGACGCGUUUUUCGAGGUAAACCCGGACAAUGGGGCUUUACAGGUUCGUAAGAAAAUCGACAGAGAAAAGCUUUGUCAAGGUAGCGGUUCAUGCCUUAUUGAGCUAAAGAUCCUUGUUGAAAAUCCCCUGGAAAUGCAUCAUAUUGCUGUAGAAAUUGCUGAUGUAAAUGAUCAUUCCCCCAGCUUUUCUGAAAAGGAGCAGAUCUUUGAAAUGGCCGAGCAUACACCUCCGGGAACACGAUUCCAGCUUCACGCGGCUCGUGAUCCUGAUGCUGGAAUAAACUCUAUCCGCAUAUACACACUAACGUCAAACGAGCAUUUCGAUAUUGAGAUUAGUCAAAGUGAUGAGGACAAAAUACCAUUUCUAGUGCUGAAGACAUCUUUAGACAGAGAACAAAAGAAUAAACACUUGCUAACUGUAACAGCAGUUGAUGGAGGUAAACCUCCAAAAUCAGGCACGCUUAAUGUAUCCGUUAUUGUUCUUGACAGUAAUGAUAAUCGCCCGACAUUCAGUCGGGAGACUUACCAAAUUGAAAUAAAAGAAAAUGUCUCUGUUGGUGCUGUUGUUGCAACUGUAGCUGCUAUAGACCCAGAUGAAGGCACUAACGGGGAAAUAGAGUACAGCCUGAGCAAAACAUUAGCGCGUAAAGUUUAUCAGAUAUUUGAACUGGAUAGUGUAAGUGGACAAAUUACGCUAAAAGUAGCAUUAGAUUUUGAGGAUUCUGAGAUUUAUAAACUAGACGUUGAAGCAUCUGAUAAAGGACAACCUCCAUUAAUCGGAAGGUGUAGAGUAAUAAUAAAGAUACAAGACAUUAAUGAUAAUGCACCAGAAAUAGAAGUCACGUCACUAUCAAAUACAGUAACCGAAGAUUCAAAGCCUGGUACAGUUAUUUCACUUAUCAGUGUAACGGAUAAAGACUCUGGACUUAAUGGAAAAAUAAUUACACACAUGACCGACAAUGCACCUUUCGAAUUAAAACCUUCUUACAAGGAAAACAUAUAUUCCGUGGUCACGAAGGGAGUGUUAGAUCGAGAAACUGUAUCAGAAUACGAAGUAAUAAUAACAGCUACAGACUGUGGUGAGCCUCCUUUAUCCAGUUUUAAAACUCUUAGCAUUCAGAUAGCAGAUGUAAAUGACAACAGUCCA